AUGUCGCCUGUGCAGCAUGUUACAAAGCAUUGCGUAGAUAACCUGGUUAUUCUUCUACUCCUUGGUCCCACCUGCUGCUAUUUGCAGAAUGAUCUGAGUCGUAUAUAUGUGUAUAAGUAUCUCAUGGAUGAAAUGCCACAGAAUUACAUUUGUGAGGGUGUUCGUAAAUUAGCGGAAGUAGAACAUGAAAUUGUGCAUUGUGUGGUCAGUGGUAUUCGUCAAACCAUUUCCGUUGUAGAUCCCAAAGAUAUAGAUAUAGUGUGGAGUCCAAGGGCAGAGGCCUUCUCUUCACAGAGGGAAGGUAGCAUACGAUUCUUCCUUGAGCUAAAGGGGAAGGCGCAUCCUUAUACAUGGCUAAAAAUCCGCCCUGCUGAAAAAUUUGGAGAGAAAAGUCCUCAAAUUCAGAAGAAAAACAUCACAUGGAAGGCAGGCAUCGGGGGCUGCUUCCGGUACUACAUAGUCUCACCCUUCAAGGCGAUCGCCUUCACGCUUAAAAUAACAAAGGACUUCAACUGGUAUCCAGACAACGAAUAUGCUGUGGAUACCGGAUCGGCUGAAAUCGUUCGCUACAUUCAGACGCAGACAGGGACGAAACUCAAAUUACAACGGUGUCAAAUGUGCAGUGGUCGAAAUGGUGUAACCAUUCUUCAAAACUACUAUGUCAGAUUUACUGCCAGGUCAUCGCUAGCGAAGGAUAGGAUAGAAUGCUACGUAGAAUACGAGGGAAAUUCCACCUACUUCAGUACUCCAGUUUCCAUCAUAAGGACAAACAAACUGUUUUACUACCCACUUUUUGACUCGGUAUACAUGAAAAAUGCUUCAAAGUUUCCACCAAAACUCGACACCUUGACCGAUCCAAGGGCCUGCAAAGUGGAGUCAAAGACAUUGGUUUCGUCCACAAAUUCGCUCUUGAACGGUGUACCCGGCCGUUACAACGUUACAUGUGGAGAUGACGAGUUUUCCCAAAGUGUACUUAUACUUAGCUCAAGAAUAUUUGAAAUAUUCUAUCAAAAAAAGACCAUUCCUCUCGUCGUGAAGCUCGAUGAUUCGACAUUGCAAAUGUCGGAUAUGGAUAGAUAUGGCUGUUUCUGGGUAACUCUAUCCGAGAUGGGAGAGGUGGUUCUCAAUAAAAGGAUUGAUUCUUCCAUUAGAAUCGUCACCAUACAGUGUGCUGCGUUUGUUGGUCCAAUUGCAGUCAGAGCAACUCUCUACCACCUCCUAACCUUGCCCACCGCGAUCAAAAUACAAUUGCUGUAUAAUCGUGGGUAUUACCUUCUCGGGGAGCACAUGGAUGACAUCGAGGUGCGGGCAUCUGUCGGUCUAAUUGAAAUCCCUUCUCAUGAUAUCCACUGCAGGGGGAAAAUUACUUUUAAAAGUCCCUUUCUCAAAAUAAGCAGUUACACAAAGGAGGGAACAGCUGAAGUUUCGUGCUUUGCCAAAUACAAGGAACAAAAGGGCAAAGAAAAACACUUCAGGCUUCAUUUCCUUGCCCAAGCAAAUUUUCGUCUCUUCACUGCCAAGUUGAACUAUAUGUACAUUGUAAGAGCAUCCUACUCCCAAAAACCUAACGAAACGUGGAUAAAUGCCGAUCCAGCUCAACUAGCUCCACAAAUUUGCAACGUCCAUUGCAUUAGCAUCCACGAGGAUGGACCAAGUUUCAAUGAUACCAUCAGGAUCGAUGAAAUUAAGAGAGAAUUCGAGGUAUUCGACUGCUACUGCACCCGUACCUACAAAAUGAUGCUAAUUAGGCGCAAGGCCGAAUUCUACUUUCUUCUAAAACGAGGUCUCAUGCUGCGAGGCUGGCAGACUUCAUAUGAAGAGGCUUGCAUAGUAGAUACCCAAAGCGAGAUCGGUCUUGUGCCUGAUGACUUUUACAGUAAAGUGGUUCCAGUGCUGAAGUAUCGUCAGAUGAAGGGCGAAUGUCCCAGCUUGAAAUGUGAAUAUGUUACCGAAGAUCUGAAUAAGUACUCAUUGCUCUACUGGAAUUGGCAUACGAAGGCGGUAGAAUUCUACAGUGCGGUACCUUAUAAACGCAAAUUAUCAUACCUUGAUUGCUACGACCUUCAAGUAGAAGUGCUAAAUUUCAACAUCUUAACCUAUCCUGAAAUGAUUGAACCUUCUCACAAUGUCAUUAUUCCGGAAAUUCAGCAGGAUCUGUGGGUUUAUAUGAAAGAUCGCAAAGGCCUGCAAAUGCCUGUCUACCGUUGUUUCUUCAUGGAGAUGAUAAACCUGGGCACAGAGCCUGGACACGUAACCCUUCGGAGUUACUUUACGGAGUCCUUUCAAACCAGGCUAUAUUGUGAAAGGGUUAUGAAUGGCGAUCCCGUAGAUAUACCUUUUAACUUUAUCAUUUACCCUUUAAACAAAUUAAAAGUUACGAUCAAACCGGAGAUAGAGAGAAUUUUUGUGGGUAAACGCUACAAAUUCACCUGCACCAGCAGUCGACCAGAGUUGUUACAAGCGUAUGGCUCGAUUUCGAUGAAAAUUUAUGAAGACGAAAUGGUCAUAGCCGAAACGAAUAGCAUGUCAAUAAAUUUGAAACCGAGCGGAGGGAAUAAACUCCCUCACAUCUACUCAAUUCGAUGCCUCUUACGCACUGCAUCGCACUACGGCGAGCUGAGCAGAAGAGAUGUUACCGCGUAUGGACUGCGGCUGCUGGUUCCAAAAUUGAAGUCAAUACACAGAAAAGCCUACUUCCAUAACGGCGACGACGAGGUUAAUUCUCGUUACAUAUUCACUAAUGAGAAAUUGGAGCUGAUGAAGGAACUUACAGCUUCGGAGAAUUCUACUAGCACUGGUGUCAAAAUAAACGUAUUUUAUCAAUCAAAACAAUUAUUUUCGCACAGGGAAAUAAUCCCAACAAUAGACAUUAAAGAAGUCAAGCUACAAAUUGAAGGCGCCAAAAAAGUACACGUGCUGGCUAAUCGGCAUUCAGAAGAAUUUAUAAUGUGCCGUGUUAGUGGUGCUGAACCACUGAGUGCAGAUGAAUUGCAGGUGAAGUGGAGUUUUAGCAAGAUUCGUUACCACCCGGCACCCCCAUUGAUAGAGGGAGCUAAGAUUAUCCUGAAUGACAAAGUUGGUGAGGGGACCUUCUGUGUAAUCUGCACCAUACCUCUACUACGGUCCAGCACUCCCAUAAAUGAGACGUGCUUCAUAGUGAUACACGCGUACCGCUUCAAUAUAAAGUUGAUACCCGGGGGUGAAGAUGGGGUUUACGUUUUGGGCAGCACAAAUAUCCUCCGCUGUUCCGUCAGCAUGAAUAGGAGUCUCAUGGCCUUAGAUUCCCAUGUACCGACUUGCCGGCUGAAGGCUCUCAAUGAGAAUAAUCAAACUACAUCGAAUGGUGCUAUAAAGCUGGGCCCGAAUCAAAAAUUUGGCUCUAUUGCCAUUGACAUCAUCAUUUCUAUGUUCGGAAUUGAUGUCAUGGUCAAAUCCACAACUCUGUGGUUCAUAGAACUAUCCAUCUAUUUGACCAUUAACUACAUUUUGCCUUUUGAAAAGCUGGCAAUUAAGCUACUGUCGCAUUCAAAUAAACUGGUCUAUUCGCUGUACGAUAUAAGAGGUCUUCAGCGAAUGGACCAAAUGGCCCUUCUGGUAGCGAAAGUAUUUGUCUCUACAGAUCCUACUGCGUUGAAGCUUCAAAUUUUGAACGACUCGCAUAUAUUUGAUACCCGAGAGACAGGAACAAUAACCUGCGUAUUGAUACCAGAGAAUAUGACGUCAGUCUUUGGAAAGCAUCUUCAAUGGAUAGACACUCACACGAAGGAUGUGGUGGCACACUCCCGCUACAAUCAACUUUUUAUUCGCAGUCAAGAGGAGAUGCAACGCAAGUACACUUGCAAAUUCAAGAUUGGGAAUCUAAAAAAGGACUUACACUUAAAAUAUUUUGAUUUAGCGAAAGUACGAUUUACAACAAAUUCAAGAACAGUUUACGAUAUUUAUGAGAAGGGCCAUCUUAUACACUGCUACAUUCUACCUGAAGAAAUGCGAAAACUCACUGACCUUGUGUGGGGGUGGUAUGAUCCUGUGAAAAAAGUCCACAAGAAGUUUAUCGAAGUUGACACGUUUGAAGAGGGAGCCCACCACUUGAGCUGCAACUCACCACAGUUCAGCAUACCCCCACUUAACAUCACCUUCUAUAUUGUGCGCCACAAAGCGGUACAUCUUAUCCUCGAUGCUCCAGCUCAGUCACGAUACAAGCGUUCGGACCCGUUGCCCAAGUGCGUCUGGUCGGUGCCGUGGAUGAACAAGGAGCCUGGUUUGCGACCCACUCUGGUCCGAAGUGGUUUCAAUCGUGGUACAAUUUUCCGAGGCCGCACAACGUGCACUUCUACAGUGCCUGGUCUUGAAAGGCAAUUUGUGCAUGAUUUCAGAAUAAUUGGUCUCAAUGACGUGCGACUCCAGAUAGUACAGGACACAGGAAAAACCUUUUUUCGGGCCGGCAGCAAAGUGGUCUUUGCAUGUACAAUGGUACCUAGUGUAAGCGAAAAUAUAUUUGAAUCUGUCCUCUACUGGAAAUUAUCUGACAACAUGGUCGAAUUGCAACAACCGUUCAUUGACUUAUCCCAUCUACAACCGGGAAAAUACAACAGCUCCUGUUGGUCGAGCUCUUUAACAAUUCCAGUCUUAAGACUGUUUUACAUCAUUGGAGAAAAUGCGAAAUUGACCUUAAGGAAUCGGGAGAAGAGGACCUACUUGGUUGGCCAACAGAUGCCUGAUUGUAUUUGGAACGAAGAGUGGAUGAAUAAACUACCUGAACUUGCCCCAACUACUUUCAUUAGCGAUUCACCGCAAGAAAGAAGGACAAUUCGCACGAUAUCAUGCACUUUUAAGGGAGAUGACAUUAUGGAAAGAUACUCGGAAUCCAUAAUUAUUGUCAAGAAGGAGGAACUUCGGCUGAAGUUGAGCGAAUCCUAUGCUGCUGUGCUAAAAGAGACCCCAACUAUAGUUUGCGACUUGGACCCUCCAAUUCGGGGCAUUGGGGAGCCUUAUUUUUACCCAGUGCGAGAAUUUGGUCUCGCUAAAAUAGAAGGCAAUCGACUAAUUGCAGGCAACUCCAAUUCAAACUCUUCCAAUGGUACAUACAUUUGCAUAUACAACAAACAUGACCUGUAUAUGACCAAGAUAUUUGUCAUUUCAAAAGUGGAUUUAUCUUCGAGUCCGAUGAUUUCUCCAGUAAAGAGGGAAUUCGUCAAUGGCGAGGAGGUACAGUGCUCAGGCACAAAAGACUCUCAGUAUGGCUACUAUGCGAUUGAUGUCCUCCACAAGGAUACUAAUAUAUCUUUGAUCACUAAAAAACAGACCCGUGCUACCCUAUUAUCGGCCUUUGUGAUUGAAAUUGCCAUUUCCUGCACCUUAAGAAACUCUUAUUUGAAUUCCGAGCUUGAGGACAAAAGUGUCACACUCAGUGCAAUUGUCAGACCCAAGAAGUUGAUUAAUUUGAAGCCGGGUGAUCGGAAAUAUGUGGAUACUUCAACGGUUGUUCACUGUGCUUUCGAUAGCACCCCAAAGAUAGGUCAACAUGUCACUCUCAAUCUCUUCAUCUAUCCACUUGGAUAUCGAAACAAGGUUGAGAAGAUUUCAUUGUUUUCCUUCAAAGAACUGGGUGCUAUUGGAGGUCGUUACUUCUUCGUAUGCACAAUCGUUAACAAUGAUGGACCAUUCUGGGCAAAUAUCGAUGAAAUAAUCUUCCUUGAUACGCCAGCGAUUCCUAAGAUAUCAGGAAAAUAUAUAUAUGGGGACCAGGGUCUCUACUGUUUGACUACAGAAUACCCCAUUUGGAACCGCAUGCUGAUUGCUUCAACGGAAAGUGAAAACGGGGAAAUUGUAAGGGACGGAAAAGGCCUCUACCGGUUUAGCAGGCAGUCCUGCUAUGGGUAUUACAAUAUCACCUGUGAGGUAUAUGGAUACUACAACCUUAUAGCAUUCUAUUUUCGUGCUACAUACCGAAUUCACUACACCGGGCCAGAAUAUAGCACAAAGAAUGCCGUUGAUAUAAACAGAAAUGAUAUCAUUCGCAUUUAUUCUCUGUUCCUCUUGAUGGUCAUCAUUCUACUUAUCCUGACGUUCCUGGCACUUGAAAAUUACUACCGUCGCCAACACAUCUCAUAUGUCACUAAGAGCCAGAAUUACGAGCGAUUUCAAAGCAAAGCACUAAAAGGACUGCAAGGUCAAUUUCUCCGAAUUGAUCUCAAAGAUAUUCCGACAGACGAGGCAUUAAAAUUCAUGACAAUUGUAAGACUAUUCGACGCCGCCUACGCCCAAGUUCGACCUAAUUUCAAGAGAGGUGCAAAGAAGGCUAAGAAGACUCGAUACAAUUGGAGAAAAUUCAUGCAUCUAAGCAAGAUGGCAGCGAAUAACUGGAUGAGUGGCAGAAUUCUGCUUCGAAGGCGCAAGAUAGUACGCUCAAGUAGUGAAGACUCCCUGGAAACCACUGAGGCCAAACAGAGUGCAGAUAAAUAG